CGCAUCAUCGCAACACUAAUGUUUUUAUCGAGAAAUUCUAACCUUUCGUAUUAACUAGAAUUACCUAUUAUUCAUAUAUGUAUAAUGAUAAAAAUUGAUCUAUAGUUUUUUUUUAAGUUAACUCAGCGAAUUUCCCAAAGCAAACAAGCAAACCUCUGAAAGUAAUGUUAUAAAAUUAUUACUUAGUUAAUAUUGUUAUUCCUUGUAUACUUUGAGUGUCACCUCUGACUAUAAAUUUUAAUCAUGUCGCCAAAAUUAAUUCAUCAAAUAAGAACAAUCGCUCAGUCUCCACAGCGAAGAAGAGUUGUUGUAACAGGACUAGGAGUGGUAUCUCCUCUUGGCACAGGCACAGAACUAGCAUGGCAAAAUAUUUUGAAAGGUCAAUGUGGCAUAGUCAGUCUGCAAGGCAAUGAUUACUCUAAAUUACCUUGUCGAGUAGCCGGGUUAGUACCUUUGGAGAAAGAUGAUCAAGUGACAAAAGCACUAUCCAAGUCCAACUUAAAGUCCAUGGCUCCAGCUACAUGUCUCGCCCUUGUUGCAACAGCAGAAGCAUUAGCUGAUGCAGAGUGGUUACCAAAGUCUGAUAUUGACAGAGAGUCCACAGGUGUGGCUAUCGGGAUGGGAAUGAUAGAUUUGAAAGAUGUCUGUGAUACUAAUGAGGCAUUGAAAAUAGGUUACAACAAAGUUAGCCCUUUCUUUGUUCCUAGAAUAUUACCUAACAUGGCAGCUGGUCACAUAAGCAUUAAAUAUGGCUUCAGAGGACCUAAUCACGCUGUGUCUACAGCAUGUGCAACAGGUGCACAUUCAAUAGGUGAUGCGUUUAGAUUUAUAAGAAACGGUGAUGCAGAUGUAAUGGUCUGUGGAGGUGCAGAGUCUUGUAUCAGUCCUUUAGCCAUAGCAGGCUUUAGUAGAUUAAGAGCACUAAGCACAUCAUUCAAUGAUGAACCAAGAAAAGCAUCUAGGCCAUUUGAUAAGAAACGAGAUGGCUUUGUCAUGGGUGAAGGUGCAGCUGUUUUAGUUUUGGAAGAGUACCAGCAUGCAUUAGAGAGAAAUGCAAAAAUGUAUGCAGAAAUUCUAGGAUAUGGCUUAUCAGGAGAUGCAAGUCACAUAACUGCUCCUAGAGAUGAUGGAAGUGGGGCUGUGUUAUCAAUGAGCCGUGCAUUGAGAGAUGGCUGCAUUGAUAAAGAGAAAGUUACCUAUAUUAAUGCCCAUGCUACAUCAACUCCUAUAGGAGAUGGUAUUGAAGCAACAGCCAUCAAAACCCUGUUUAGGGCUCACAGCGGAAAUAUAUUAAUUUCAUCCACAAAAGGCGCUCAUGGCCAUUUAUUAGGUGCUGCAGGCAAUUUAGAAGCAGUAUUUACAAUUUUGGCCUGUCAUCGAGGAAUAAUACCACCAACAAUCAAUUUAGAAGAACCUGUCGAUGAUUUAAAUUAUGUUGCUAAAGAAUCAAAGCCAUGGACUGUAGACAGGAGAGUUGCAUUAAAAAAUUCAUUUGGUUUUGGUGGUACUAAUGCAACACUUUGCAUUGGGCAGUUGUAAAUAGAGAUAUGAAUAGAAGUCUGUAUAAUAGAAUUGCAUAAUAUGGUGUAAAUAAAACUUGUUAUCACUGUAUUAUAUAGUAUAUUUAAAACUGAGUUUACAAAUGUUUUCCGACUUUAAUAACAAUGGCGAAACAGCCAAGGUAACUCCCGACCUUUUGCUUUUCGAAGCUUUUUGAUAACGAG